AACUCUCCCAUUAGGAAAAUACACAAUUUAUUCUUACAAUCUCAGUAAAUUCAGUGUGUUUUAGGGCUUAAAAGGGAAAAUGGUGAAGGAUGUUGAGGUCGGAGGCCCUGAAUUUAUUACAAAAGACUAUCAAGACCCUCCUCCAGCACCGUUGAUUGAUCCGGAAGAACUGACUAAAUGGUCAUUUUAUAGAGCUAUCAUUGCUGAAUUCGUAGCUACAUUACUGUUCUUAUACAUUACUGUUUUGACUGUGAUUGGGUACAAGAGCCAGAGCGCCACCGAUGAAUGCGGCGGCGUUGGCAUUUUGGGCAUUGCUUGGGCCUUUGGUGGCAUGAUUUUCGUACUUGUUUACUGCACUGCUGGUAUUUCCGGAGGGCACAUUAACCCGGCAGUGACAUUCGGGUUGUUUUUAGCCCGAAAAGUUUCAUUGAUUCGGGCCAUUAUGUACAUGGUGGCUCAGUGUGUAGGGGCCAUUUGUGGGUGUGGAUUGGUGAAGGCAUUCCAGAGGGCUUACUACGUUAGAUACGGUGGUGGCGCCAAUGAACUUGGAGAUGGAUAUAGCACAGGCACCGGAUUGGCGGCCGAGAUUAUCGGCACUUUUGUGCUUGUUUACACUGUCUUCUCCGCCACGGACCCUAAAAGAAGUGCCAGAGACUCCCAUGUUCCGGUAUUGGCACCACUGCCUAUUGGAUUUGCUGUGUUCAUGGUUCAUUUGGCUACAAUUCCGAUCACCGGCACUGGUAUCAACCCUGCCCGAAGUUUUGGAGCUGCAGUGAUCUAUGGCAAGGAUAAGGCCUGGGACGAUCAAUGGAUCUUCUGGGCUGGACCUUUCAUUGGGGCAGCCAUUGCUGCAUUGUACCAUCAGUACAUUCUUAGAGCAGGUGCAGUUAAAGCUCUAGGAUCAUUCAGGAGUAGUGCUUCUGCCUAUUGAGAAUCACUUAUGGGAGAGUCCAAUUGUGGAGAUCAACCCAUGGAGAAAUGAUUUGUGGUCUUGGAAAUUGGCACUUGUUUUUAAAUGUGCCUAAAUUUGUCUCUCUUUUUUUUUUGUCCGUUUGUCAAGCUUUUUUAACUUAUAAGCAUUAAAAUAAUAAUUGUACUAUCAAGUCUGCAGCUUCAAAUGGUAUUAUAUUUAUGCAAUGUAAUGUUCAAGGCACCAUACAAUGGAUA